UAGGACGUCAAGUGCGAUGAAAAGCUUUGCGAAGAGGAGCAGGAUCCCGGCAGACACAAGAUGCCAACAGACGUUUUGGUGUUCAUUGUGGGAGUAAUUCUACUCAUGUUGGUGGGAGUGUUCCUGCAAUUUUUUUUUAAAUCCGCAUCAAGAAACAACUCUCCCAAUGGGAAAACUCCACCAGGCCCUCCAAGCAGAUUUCUUAUCGGCAACAUGAUGGAGCUAACUCACGACCAUCUGCCAAUUCACCUAACUCAUCUAGCGCAGCGUUACGGACACAUCUACCAACUUAAAUGUGGAAACACUUGCAUGGUGGUUCUGAACAGCAGUGAGGUCAUAAGAGAAGCUUUGGUGAAGAAAUGGUCAGACUUUGCAGGCAGGCCCGUUUCAUUCACAGGACGUAUUGUGUCCGGUGGCGGGCGUUCCAUAUCUCUGGGAGACUACAACGACGAAUGGCGAGCUCAUCGUCGCCUGGUCCACGGCGCUUUGAUGCAAUGCUGCCGUCGUUCUUUGCAUGAGGUGAUUGAAAAGCAGGCGACGCAUCUCUGCAAGGUUCUGAAGGCCUACCAAGGCAGUGCCGUUGAUCUCUCUGAGGAUUUCACAGUGGCGGCCAGUAAUGUGAUCACCACUUUGACUUUUGGAAAGGAAUAUGACAAGAAAUCAACAGAGCUGCAGGAAUUGCACAAAUGUCUGAAUGAGAUUGUCGCUCUAUGGGGCUCCUGUUGGAUUUCCGCCCUGGACUCCUUCCCUUUGCUGAGAAAAUUACCCAACCCUGUUUUCUCCCGACUCAUGAAAGAGGUGACCAAGAGGGACAACAUCAUACGCAAACAUCUCAACAACUACAAGUCACAAGACGAGAAACCCGAAGGCACCAUCACGGGCUGCUUACUCGAGGGACUCGAAACAAAGAAUGGAGAGCUGCUGACGGACACUCAUGUCCACAUGGCCAUUGUGGACCUUCUUAUUGGAGGAACAGAGACCACUGCGGCCUGGCUCAACUGGACCGUAGCCUUCCUCUUACACAGACCGGAGGUCCAGACGCAGGUGUACAAAGAGCUUUGCACCGUACCAGAGGGUCGCUAUCCCACUUAUAGCGAGAAGCCCAAACUUCCCAUCUUGAGCGCCCUCAUCAACGAAGUGCUCCGUCUCAGGCCCGUCGCUCCUCUUGCCGUACCUCACAGAGCCGUACGAGAUAGCAGUAUUGCAGGUUAUUUCAUCCCCAAGAACACAGUGAUCAUUCCAAAUCUUUUUGGAGCUCACCAUGAUCCUUCAGUGUGGAACGAGCCGCACCACUUCAAACCAGAACGUUUCCUGGAGGGAGGAGGGGCCUCCCCAAGAGACUUGGUCCCCUUUGGAGGAGGUGCUCGUCUCUGCUUGGGGGAGUCAGUUGCUAAAAUGGAGCUUUUUCUUUUUGCGGGUUAUUUGCUGAGAGAUUUUUACUUCUUUCCCACUGAUGCCCGUCUCCCUGACCUGAGGGGCAUUGCUAGUGUUGUACUCAAGGUCAAGGAAUACAAAGUUAUUGCAUGUCCCCGACUUGUUGACAAUAAUUAAAGUCCUGAACUCUC